UUCAUUCGAGAACAAUCCAAGCACACCCGCAGCCACACUAUAAUUAGAUCCGAACCAAAAAUCAAAUAAAAAAUGGCUCAGAAAUCCGUUUCUUACUUGAUGCUUUUCGCUCUCCUGCUGGCUGCGUCUCUCCCCAGGCUCUCAUCCUCCGCCGCAGCAGGCGGCAGAAAAGCGCUGGAGGUGGAAUAUAGCGGCGGAUCACCGGUACCGCCAGGCACGAAUUUCGGCGGUUAUAAUUUCCUGAGCAGCAAGGAUGCGAAGGCGAUCGAACUUGCGAAGUUCUCGAUCGAGGAGAAUAACAAAAAGAGCAAUCAGAAGCUGAAAUACGAUGCGGUGCUGGAGGCGCUUUGGAAGAAGGUCGCGCAAGGAGCGGAAUACCGGCUGGUGGUUUUGGCGGUGGUCGGCGACGAGCCGGACGCGUACGAUGCUGAAGUGGCGGUGGACGAGAAAAACGACAAGAGACUCGUCAGAUUCGAGAAACUGCAUUGAGAGUGUGAUUGACGGUUAGGCAUCGGGAGAAGAGAAGGUAUAGCUAUAGCAGGCGCGUGGUUGUACUGCGCACUGAAAUGUGCAAUGCCAAUGUAUGUACGCUGGUUUUAAGAACAAAAAUCAUUUUUUGUUCCAUUUUAGACUCGUGUUC